CUAUCACCAAGAUGCUUGACAUAAACAAGCGUUCGGAAUACAAAGCGAAAGUUGAAAAGGCAAUUUCGCUUUUGUAAUAUUAAUAUAAUUCCCUUCACAACUACGCAACCGAUAGGGAAAAACAACAAAAUACAGCAACUUAUUUUUUGUUUCAACAAAUACCGGUACCACAAAAUCAGAUGUAAACCAGUUCAAACCAGUUUACCAAGAUGACAUCAGUGUUCCGCCUGGAGCGGCAUCCAGCAGGGUGCGACAUGGAGGUUGGGGAGUCUGUGGACAUAACACCGGACCAGGAUGGUGGGGUGAUCAAGCGACUGAUAAAGAAGGGGGCUGGGGACGACUAUCCCAAUACCGGGGAUACUGUGUACUUUAACUACAUUGGUUACACGGGGGAAACUGUAGCUGAUGAAUUCAUAUUCGACACUUCAGAGAGAGAUGGUCACUUGUUCAAGCAUGAGGUUUUAAAAGGACAAGUAAUCCGUGGAUUCGAGAUGGGAAUAUUGACCAUGAAAGUUGGUGAACGUGCCAUCCUGUACAUCAAAUCUUCCUAUGCGUUUGGUCCUAAAGGGCAGCUACCAAAAAUUCCACCCAAUAUUUCUGUGAUUUUCGACACAGAAAUCAUAAGAGUGGAAUGUCAAGAUCUGUCGGAGAAAGAGGAUCUAUCUAUUCUGAAGAAAGUGUUGAUCAGAGGAAAAGGUCAUGGAACACCAAAUUUCGGAGGAGAAAUCUGUGCGGACAUCAAGUGCUAUUAUGGAGAUACAGUGUAUUACGACAAGAAAGGGGUGCAGUUUUUAUUAGGUGAAGGAUCUACAGAUGGCACAGAUUUUCCUAUGUUUGUUGAGGACCUUCUCAUCUGCUGGAAAUGUGAAGAAAUAGCUCGGUUGUACUUUGCAUCCCACCAGGCCUACGGGAAAAAAGGAUUUCCCAAAUAUAACAUUCCUCCUGACCAGAAUCUACACUUCAUUGUAAAAUUGGUGAAGUUUGAACAGAACAGUGAUUUCUGGGAAAUGGACAAUCCAGAAAAGUUGGAGAAGUGUGACAGCUUCAAACAAAAGGGCAACAUGUAUUUCCAGAAAGAGGAGUAUCCAAUAGCGGCUAAGUUCUAUGAGAUGAUGGUAGAGUAUGUGGAACAUGAAUACUGCAUGGAGGGGGAGGAGGAACAACACAGGGCUCAAAUCUUUUUAAAUGGAAACCUGAAUUUGGCACAGACUUAUCUUAAGAUGGAGAAGUUCAUAGAGGCCAUUGAAUGCUGUGACAAAGCCAUAAAGUCAGAUCCAAACAAUCCCAAAGCGUAUUAUAGACGAGGAAUGGCUCAGCUAUCCUGCAUGGACCAUGAGAACGCCUUGAAAGACUUCCAGAAAACCUAUGAACUGGAGCCAGAAAAUAAGGCUGCACUGCGGAAGAUAGACGAGUGUCGCAGGGCAGAAAUAGAGUGCAAGAGAAAGCAGAGGGAAAAUGACAGAAGGAUGAUGUCCGGGCUGGGACAAAAUCAGGACAAUGGAUUCCGUGGUUACGAGAGUGGAAUGAAUGAUAUCGGGGACUGGGACAACAACAUGGCGGCUGGCAUGAUGACCCUGGAGGAAGAGAGUGCUGCCUUCGGGGAAAUCAUUCCAGAGACCGGUGGAAAUCACGGAAUUCACCGCUAGCUUCUUUAUCUUCGGCGUGAAUGUGUGGAAUAGGAAUCUGAAUACUAACAAUGGUGCCACAUCUGAUGGGGGAUCCUCAAUGUCUGACUAGGGAACUUGGGACUGUAUACCCCACCCACCUGUGAUUAAAUUACAACCGAGUAGAUAGGACAGUGGCUUAGACUUUCUAAAGCAGAUUGUGUUAUUCAAGAAAGAAUAAUUGCUUAAGAAUUGUUUAUUGAGCACUCAACAAUAAUUUGGUUAUUAUGCAUAAGAAUUCAAUUGCAAAGAUGUAAGCUUCAAAAAGAAAGUAUUUAAGAUUUGUAUAUAUAUGCGAAUUUACAGCAACAAUCAAAAUAUUAUAUUACACAUUACAACAUAUUUUGCUGUUGAAUUGAAAAGUUGAUGUUUAGAUUGAUUGCUCUGAAUCUGAACUUUUUUGCAUCACUUAUUGUAUGGCUUAACAAUGAUAUGGUGUUCCUAUAAUAAGUACCGGGUAGAAAAAGCUUUUACAGCAUAAAAAGACUGUUUGAUAACUUAAACAACAGCUGUUAUUUUUGUGGUGCCAAUAUUGUAAGAAUAAACAAGUUUGUUCUGUAAGUGCUUCAAGUUUUUUAUGUCCCCCACCCACUAUAGUGGGGGACAUAUUGUUUUUGCACUGUCUGUUGGUCUGGACGUUGGUCUGUUGGUCUGUUUGCUCCAACUUUAACAUUUGCAAUAACUUUUUCAAUAUUCAAGAUAGCAACUUGAUAUUUGGCAUGCAUGUGUAUCUCAUGAAGCUGCACAUAUUGAGUGGUGAAACGUCAAGGUCAUCCUUCAAGGUCAGAGGUCAAAUAUAUGUGGCCAAAAUCGUUCAUUUUAUAAAUACUUUUGCAAUAUUGAAGAUAGCAACUUGAUAUUUUGCAUGCAUGUGUAUCUCAUGGAGCCGCACAUUUUGAGUGGUCAAAGGUCAAGGUCAUCUUUCAAGGUCAGAGGUCAAAUAUAUGUGGCCAAAAUCGCUCAUUUUAUUAAUACUUUGGCAAUAUUGAAGAUACCAACUUGAUAUUUGGCAUGCAUGUGUAUCUCAUGGAGCCGCACAUUUUGAGUGGUGAAAGGUCAAGGUCAUCCUUCAAGGUCAGAGGUCAAGUAUAUGUGGCCAAAAUCGCUCAUUUUAUGAAUACAUAGGCAAUAUUGAAGAUACCAACUUGAUAUUUGGCAUGCAUGUGUAUCUCAUGGAGCCACACAUUUGGAGUGGUGAAAGGUCAAGGUCAUCCUUCAAGGUCAAAGGUAAAAAAAAUAAUUCAUAGCGGCGCAGAAGGGGACAUAGUGUUUCUGACAAACACAUUUUUCUUGUUUUAUAUCUGAUUUAUCUUUGUUUUUGCAUUAAAUGUUGUAUAUUUCCAAUUACAUCACUACAUUACGAAUGUAACAUGUGCUUUUUUCACAAGAAAUUAUUUAGUGUAAUUUUGUGUUACUGAAGUGUUUUAAAAACAUUAUGUGUAAAAAUUGUUUCAAAAACACUUUUUCACCAUUUAUGAAUUAUGAUCAUUAUGUUUGACUUAUUGUUUUGACUGUGCUGCCAUGGGAUUUCUGCAGUGAAUGUGUCAUAUUUGGCAGUGAUGAGAUUAUUGUGAAAUGAAUGGGUACUUAUGUCUCUAGGAGUCAGGGGCUAUUUCUUAAUUAUUUACCUGUCUUUGAUAUUAUAGAAAACAUUUUAUAUGUGACAUAUUGAAAACACUAGAAUUUGAAAGAAGCUAAUAACUUGACAUGCUUAAAGGCAACAGUUGUUUUGAAAUAUAACAUAUGUACAUUUUAUAAUAAGAAAAGUGUCUAGUAAAUAAAUGUGUCAUGCUCUCUCCUAAUAUAUAGUGCUGCUUCACUUUUCUCCCAGGCCACUAAUGCUACUCUAAGUUAGUUUUCUGCAAAAUUGUUUUUUAAUACAUUAAGAAAUUAAAACAAUUUUGUGAACGUUUUAAUUGUUUAAUAUGCUAUGAUAAUAUUAAAUUAUAAUCAUGGAUAGAUCGCAGCUGACGACAUUGAUUCGAGCAAACAUUAAAACAUAUAUGUGUCAUUAUGUAUAUAUGAUUGAAGAUGUUGUUUUUUUCAGAUCAAUUAUUUGAUAUGAAUACAUUUUAUGAGAAAUGCAA